GCCCAGCACUCAGAAGGAUCCUGAGUUCAAGGCCAGCUUGGGCUAUACAGUCCCACGGGGUGAGGAGACAAUGGGGAAAUGACUCAGAGGUGCUUGGCCUUUGUGCUGCCCUUUGGUUUAUGACAGCCACCACCACAGCAGCACUGACCUUUGCCUCCAGUCCAUCUCACAAAGCCUGUGGCUUACAGAGCUGUGGUAGCCCUCCAGAACCAUGGGGACCAGCCUACGCAGUCAGUCCUUUCAAGAACCCCGGUCCUGCUAUGGGAAGCUCCGUGAAUCCCAAGGGAGGCCCCUGGAGGGCCGACUCCACCGGGCACUGAGCCUCAGACAGGGCAGCAAGAAGUCCAGGUCGCAAGGCCUUGAUGGAAUGGAAGGGUUGGAGGUCCCUGUUCAGGAGCGGCUGCCAGGGACCCUGGGAGACACAGAGCAGCUGAUCCAAACCCAGAGAGGCGGCAGCCGGCUGUGGCUGAGGCAGUAUCAACAGAACAUGAGGAGAAGGUGGAAGAGCUUUGUCGCCAGCUUCCCCAGUGUGACCCUGAAUCGACCAGCCUCCCCAGAGACCUCGUUGGACACCAAUAGCUAGAGAUGCUGUAAUCAUCCUUCACUCCAUCAGCUGGACUCCUGCCUCUUCGGGGUUUUUCUGGACUCUGAAUGGCUCUCGGGUUAUGUAAUGUGACCAGAGGAGGCCUCUGUCACUAGAUCAUGCAAGGCCCCCGUGUGAUUGCCAUUCUUGGCUCUGGCAGAUAGCUCUUAGCAAAGACCUCCAUAGGCUCCAUAGACCAGUCACCCACUUCCAGGACAGAGUUCAGUGAAGCCAAACAAAGGCUGAGAAUUUCUUGAAUACUGCCUGGUCACUGGGCCAAGCUCUAUCUGGUUUUCUGAUCAGCUGCUAGUGACAGGCCAAGAUUUGGGCCUCUCUCACAGACUGUGAGCCUCCAAAGGCUAGGACCACAUCUGCACUGCCCUCAGUAUGGGUACUGUAUGCCUGAGAAGCCCAAAAGUGCCUAUUGCUACCUUUGGAUUUCAUGGCACCAUGAUGAAGGAAGGAGUCUCUCCUCCCUGUGUGACAGAGGGAAACUGAGGCCCAGAGGGGAGAAGACACCUUCACCCCCCAAGCCCUCCCCACCCUGCCAUACACAUA